UAAGCACGUUGGUUGGCCCGGUCGCUAACAGCGCGAUGCUGUUUCUAUUGGUCAUAUCUAUGUGUGGGCAAUCUUGGGGCGGGUAGGCAGCUCCGGUGUCCACACGGUCAACUGGCUGCUCUCGAUUUCUGCUGCUUCCUGGAUCGCUGCACGCCACAUCGUGGCCGCGUAUCGUGCACGCCCGCGCGCACACUCGUGCUUCGUCUCCAUUAGUAUGUGACGGGAGUGUGCGCGGUACAUCUGGAGCCAAAGUGCACGCCUCUUAUCGGAAUGUUUGAAGAUUAACAAGGUUAUCGGCGUGUCCGCGGACGUGAAACUGCUACUACUACUACCCGCAGUGUCGGCGCAGAGCUCACGAAGGCGGCCGGUGCUGUAGCCGCACCGCGCGACUGUACUGGACGGAGCCAUGACCGAGAAACGGAUGUCCCGGUGGUAUUUCGGCGGGUUGGCGUCCUGCGGCGCCGCCUGCUGCACGCAUCCUCUGGAUCUCCUCAAGGUGCAUCUCCAAACACAGCAGGAAGUAAAGAAGAGGAUGCUUGGCAUGGCUGUUCAUGUGGUGAAGAACAAUGGCGUGCUCGCUCUUUACAAUGGCCUUUCUGCUUCCCUUUGCAGACAGAUGUCCUAUUCCUUGACCAGAUUUGCUAUCUAUGAGACUGUAAGGGACGUGAUUGGAAACAAAAGCCAGGGUCCCAUGCCUUUCUACCAGAAGGUCUUGUUGGGAGCUUUUGGAGGUUUUACUGGGGGCUUUGUUGGCACACCAGCAGACAUGGUGAAUGUCAGGAUGCAAAAUGAUAUGAAACUACCAGCUGAACUGAGGAGAAACUACAAACAUGCCAUCGAUGGGCUCUUCAGAGUCUCCAGAGAAGAGGGUGUGAGGAAGCUCUUCUCAGGCGCCACCAUGGCAUCCAGCAGAGGGGCCUUGGUCACUGUGGGACAGUUGGCAUGUUAUGACCAGGCCAAGCAGCUUGUUUUGGGAACAGGGAUGCUGGGGGACAACAUGUUCACACACUUUCUCUCCAGCUUCAUUGCGGGAGGUUGUGCUACUUUCCUCUGUCAGCCACUUGAUGUUUUAAAGACUCGACUCAUGAACUCAAAGGGAGAGUACACUGGGGUACGCCAUUGCUUACGUGAAACUGCCAAGUUGGGUCCCCUGGCAUUUUAUAAGGGCCUCGUGCCUGCGGGUAUCCGUCUGAUUCCUCACACCGUGCUCACAUUCAUCUUCCUGGAGCAGCUGAAAAAGAACUUGGGAUUCGCAUCAUCUCCUGAUGGCGGCGUGUGAGUGGCCAUUACCCAGCAACUCAGAGAAAUGUUAAGGAAGAGGGGAAGCCACAAAUAUUGGAUGGUUCGGCCAUCUUGCUUCCUCUGCCUUAUCUAAUAUCGUGACGCGACGUGUUUGCACAUCCCGAGGUUUAAAUACUGGAACAAAGGUUUAUCGAAUGAUGAAAAUUUAAAGUUGUGGUGUCAAGAUUAUUGGAAUAGCCUGCUACCAUCAGAAAAAAAAACAAACACACUAUGCAUGGUUGCAGGCAUGCAGUGUUGUCUUUUAAUUUGAUUAUCUCAAGCCUUUUUUGGGACAUGUUUAUGAAAAUGACUGACAUAAUUGUGGCCUAAAUUAAUUCCCGGUCCCCUUAUUUCAAGAUAAUUACAUUGAUCCAUUAGUGUGUUGCUGAGGAAAAAAUAUGUCAAUAAAGUACUACUGUUAAAAUAAUGUCUGCCAGGGGGAAGAAAAAGUGCCAUACUAGGCCAACACAGUAUUGGCAGGUACAUAGCAUAGGCAUUGUAAGCAUAUACAGAUAAAGUAAACACGUACGUCUAAUCAAAUAUGUGAUUUAAUACUAUUCAUUCCCAUCAGUACUGACCAAAUUGACCACUAUUGUUGAUGUUGUACUCAUUUUAGAACUGGAAAUCAUCUAGUCUAUCUAGCAUUGUGGCCUCAUUCCAUCAAUAUGCUGUUAAUUCAGUUCAAUCUUUAAAGGAGUGGACUGACCUGUUUGAUUAUUAAGAUCAUCUGAUAUUCUAAUAAUGGCACCCCCUUCACCCUAUCCCCAAUUUUAAAGGUGACUUGAAUAGAAACAAAAUAAUGAAUCUUAUUAGAACAGUACAGAAGUUGUACAUGUAGUGUUUAUUGUCAAACUAAUAGCAUUUCUCUGUAAUGACUUUAGAUUCUACAAUUUUUGAGAACAGCUUUUUAUGAUAACCUUGGAUUCAUGGAUUAAACUGUUCUACACGUUUAAAAAUUUCAAAUGUUACUGGUUAAAGGAGGGAAGUUAUCGUACGUGCCAUCAGUGAUCAACUGUCGUGAAGAUUUGCCCAUUUUUCUGCUUGAAUGAGAAUCCUCGUCCUGUUGCCUUACUGUGUGUGUGUGUGUGUGUGUGUGUCCUACCGAGGGUAGCGUUACAGUGUGAUUGGGUUCACUCCCAUCAGGCUGAACUCUUACUUCGAUGGGCAUCCCAACAGCCUUGCACCUUCAUCCCAGGACAGAUUUUUAAAGAACCACCAGCUUGACUUGUGCUGCAUGUCCUUGAUAAUGUGACCUACAGAUCAGCCUUACUCAUGCACCUGUAUCGACACACACGUUGCGAUGUGUGUUCUUUAUGAAUUUUUAUUGCAAUUAAAUGACUAACUUUUUAAUUAAAACACUAAUGGAAAAGA